CUGUGUUGUCGAAGGCUUUCAUGGCCGGAAUCACUGGGUUGCUGUUUGUUUUCCAGGAUGUAUGGCCAUGCAAAAAGAAUCUGCGAACCCCACCUCCUCCAAGGUGAGCCGAACCACUUAAACUGGGCUCUACAGGCCAAUGGAGACUCCACCAUAGACAUCAGAAGAGCUGCAAGGCCAAGAACAAGCCAUGAGAGGAAAGACAACGAUCCACCCAGAGGAAAAGUGUUCUUACCAGACAUCAAGAGAACCACUGAUCACAUAGGCAAACGGAUGAAGAAACACAGCCUACAAACUAUCUACAGACUAUACAGACGGAUACCAUGCAGCUGUGGACAAGUCUACAUAGGGACCACCAAACGCAGCAUUGCCCAAACAAUAGUCAAAGAACAUGAAAGGCACUGCAGACUCAUUCAACCAGAGAAAUCAGCCAUAGCAGAGCACUUGAUGAACCAGCCUGGACACAGGAUAUUAUUUGAGAACACAGAAAUGCUGGACCAUUCCAACAACUAUCAUGUCAGACUACACAGAGAAGCCAUUGAAAUCCACAAGCAUGUGGACAACUUCAACAGAAAGGAAGAAACCAUGAAAAUGAACAAAAUCUGGCUACCAGUAUUAAAAAGCUAUAAAAUCAAAACAGUAGAUGGGAACCAACACUCUGAGGGCAGAGGACAGCUAAUGACUGAACAAAGAAUGCCCCCAGGCAAGAGACAAAACCUUUCCAAUGCUAAUUAGGGUGAUUAACUGAAACAUUAAUGCUGGCUCCCAGUGACAAAGGACUCUUGCCACACCCUGGACUCUACACAGAUAUAUAUUCUUUCCUUUCCUUACUUAGUUUAUCCAUACCUCAUGGCCUCUGAGGAUGCCUGCCAUAGAUGUGGGGGAAACGUCAGGAGAAAAUACUUCUGGAACAUGGCCACACAGCCCGAAAGACAUACAACAACCCUGUAUCAACAGACUCAUUCAGAAAAUCCAACAAAGGACAGGAGGGAUCUUCUCACCUCUGCUGGAGUCUACUGUAUACCAUGCAGCUGUGGGAAAAGUCUACAGAGAGACCACCAAAAGCAACAGCAUUGCCCAAACAUGAGUCAAGGAACAUGAAAGGCACUGCAGACUAACUCAGUCAGAGAAGACGGCGAUAACAGAGCACUUGAUGAACCAACCUGGACACAGCAUAUUAUUGGAGAACACAGAAAUGCUGGACCACUCUCACAACCACCCAUGUCAGACUACACAGAGAAGCCAUUGAAAUCCACAACCAUGUGGAUGUCAACAGAAAGGAGGAAUCAAUGAAAAUGAGUGACCCACUGUCCUGCUGCCCCUCCUCAAAGAUGGUCAAGCUGGACAUCCACACGUUGGCACAUCACCUCAAGCAGGAACGGCUGUAUGUGAAUUCGGAAAAGCAGCUUAUCCAGCGGCUGAAUGCGGAAGUGCUGAAGACGGCGGAAAAGCUGUACCGCACGGCAUGGAUCUCCAAGCAACAGAGAAUUAACUUGGACCGACUCAUCAUAACAAGUGCUGAAGCCUCCCCGGCCGAAUGUUGCCAGCAUGCGAAAGUCUUGGAAGACACGCAGUUUGUGGAUGGCUACAAGCAGCUGGGCUUCCAGGAGACAGCCUACGGGGAGUUCCUCAACCGCCUGCGCGAGAACCCGCGCCUCAUUGCCUCCUGCCUGGUGGCCGGCGAGAAGCUCAACCAAGAGAACACCCAGAGCGUCAUUCAUACAGUUUUCACCUCCAUCUAUGGCAACUGCAUCAUGCCGGAAGACGAAAGCUACCUCCUCCAGGUCUUGCGCUACUUGAUCGAGUUCGAGCUCAAGGAGAGCGACAACCCCCGGCGGCUGCUGCGGAGAGGCACCUGCGCCUUCAGCAUCCUCUUCAAGCUCUUCUCGGAAGGGCUCUUCUCCGCCAAGCUCUUCCUCACGGCCACGCUGCACGAGCCCAUCAUGCAGCUGCUGGUGGAGGACGAAGACCACCUGGAGACCGACCCCCACAAGCUGAUCGAGCGCUUCUCCCCGGCCCAGCAGGAGAAGCUCUUUGGGGAGAAGGGCACCGAGCGGUUCCGGCAGAAGGUCCAGGAGAUGGUGGAGGCCAACGAGGCCAAGCUGGUGGCCCUGGUCAACAAGUUCAUCGGCUACCUCAAGCAGAACACCUACUGCUUCCCCCACAGCCUGCGCUGGAUCGUCUCCCAGAUGUACAAGACCCUCUCCUGCGUCGACAGGCUGGACGUCGGGGAAGUGAGGGCCAUGUGCACGGACCUCCUCCUGGCCUGCUUCAUUUGCCCGGCGGUUGUCAAUCCCGAGCAGUAUGGGAUUAUUUCGGAUGCUCCCAUCAAUGAAGUGGCACGGUUUAAUCUGAUGCAGGUUGGGAGACUUCUGCAGCAACUGGCCAUGACCACUUCAGAAGAAGGAGACCCCCGCACCAAGAGCCACCUGGGUAAAUUUGACAAAGGCUGUGUGGCCGCUUUCUUGGAUGUCGUCAUCGGUGGGCGUGCCGUGGAGACCCCUCCCAUGUCAUCGGUGAACCUUCUAGAAGGGCUGAGCAGAACCGUGGUUUACAUGACCUACGGACAACUCACGACUCUCGUCACCUUCAUGCGGAACGUCAUGUCCGGCGACCAGCUGAAAGAGGACCGCAUGGCCCUGGAGAGCCUUCUUCUGAACCUGCCCCAGAACAAACCGGGCAAGAGCAGCAGCCUCGAAAUGACGCCAUACAACACCCCGCAGCUCUCUCCCGCAACCACCCCGGCCAACAAAAAGAACCGCUUGCCUAUAGGACAACAGUUGGCAGCCAUCACAGCCUGGGAAACCUCCGCCAACAACCUGACCGCUCAUAUAAACCUAGUAACCCCAUUUGCCACUCGCAGUCGGAGUCGGUCGAAUAUCCAAGCUGAUCAGCACUUUGACCACGACGGAUUGUCCCAAGAGACGAUACAGGAGGUCCAGCCGGAGGAAGUCUUGGUCAUUUCGCUUGGGACCGGACCCCAAAUCACACCGGGAAUGAUGUCGGAAAAUGAGGUUUUAAACCUGCAGCUUGCUGAGGGCGGGCAAGGAGACGUCCCUGUUGACGAAACCAAGCUCCACGGUAAACCUGAUAAAACCUUGCGCUUUUCCCUCUGCAGUGAUAAUCUGGAAGGAAUAUCUGAAGGUCCGUCGAACCGCUCCAAUUCUGUGUCCUCUUUGGAUUUGGAAGGGGAGUCUGUCUCCGAAUUGGGAGCCGGCCCUUCGGGGAGCAACGGGGUGGAAGCCCUGCAACUGCUGGAGCACGAACAAGCCACCACCCAGGAUAAUCUCGACGACAAGCUGCGCAAAUUCGAGAUCCGGGACAUGAUGGGUUUGACAGAGGACCGGGACAUUUCAGAAACCGUGAGCGAGACCUGGAGCACCGACGUCCUGGGGAGCGACUUUGACCCAAACAUCGACGAGGACCGCUUGCAGGAAAUCGCAGGUGCUGCGGCGGAGAACAUGCUGGGAACCUUGCUGUGUCUCCCGGGUUCCGGGUCGGUGCUCUUUGACCCUUGCACGGGUUCGACCAUCUCCGAAACCACCAGCGAAGCCUGGAGCGUCGAAGUGUUGCCCAGCGAUUCAGAAGCUCCGGACCUGAAGCAGGAGGAGAGGCUUCAGGAACUGGAGAGCUGCUCCGGCGUCGGAAGCACUUCGGACGACACCGACGUUCGGGAAGUGAGCUCCCGGCCCAGCACCCCGGGCCUCAGCGUCGUGUCGGGGAUCAGCGCCACCUCCGAAGACAUCCCAAACAAGAUCGAAGACCUCCGCUCCGAGUGCAGCUCCGACUUUGGGGGGAAAGAUUCGGUCACCAGCCCCGAUAUGGACGAAAACGCUCACAGUGCCGCCCAUCUGACCUCCCCUCCGUCCCAGGCGGACUCCUUGCUGGCCAUGUUUGACCCUUUAUCUUCUCAUGAAGUGGUGCGGCCCAAGGUGCACUACCCGCGGCCCUCGCACCCGCCGCCGGACCCGCCCAUCCUGGAAGGGGCUCCGGGGGGCAACGAGGCCCGGCUGCCCAACUUCGGCUCCCACACCGCCCUUCUUCUGGACACCGAGGCCUUCAAGCAGCGCUACUCGUACCCGGAGAGGCUGGUGCGGAGCCGCAGCUCGGACAUCGUCUCGUCGGCCCGCCGGCCCAUGAGCGACCCCGGCUGGAACCGCAGAGCCGGCAACGAGGGGGAGAGGGACUUCCCCGCGCCCGUCGGCAUUGGCGGCCCGGCCUUGAUCGCGGCCCCUCAGUCCUCUUCCUCCUCGCCAAGCAAAGAUUCCUGCCGAAGCGAGCAGAUGGAGGACCGGAAGGAUAGCGAUGAUGAAAAAUCGGAUCGGAACAAACCCUGGUGGAGGAAACGUUUUGUCUCAGCGAUGCCCAAAGCUCCGAUCCCAUUUAGGAAAAAAGAGAAGCAAGACAAGGACAGAGAUGAUUUUGUGCCAGAUCGAUAUGGUUCCCUUCAAGACGACCCCGGCCCCCGCCUGAGCGCUCAGGCCCAGGCGGCAGAGGACAUCCUGGACAAAUACCGGAACGCCAUCAAGCGCACCUGCCCCAGCGAGGGCCCCGUUGUGAGCUACGACAACACAGAUGCCAUCGGAGACGGAGAGAGCAUCCACGACUCCCCCCGGGAGGACGCCUUGCAGAACAUCUCUGCAGAUGACCUUCCAGACUCGGCCAGCCAAGCAGCCCAGCCCCAGGAUUCAGCCUUUUCCUACCGGGAUGCCAAGAAGAAGCUGCGCCUCGCGCUGUGUUCGGCCGACUCUGUGGCCUUCCCCAUGUUGUCCCACUCAACGCGCAACGGGCUUCCGGACCACACCGACCCUGAAGACAACGAGAUCGUCUGCUUCCUAAAAGUCCAGCUGGCGGAAGCCAUCAACCUUCAGGACAAGAACCUGAUGGCCCAGCUCCAGGAGACCAUGCGUUGCGUUGGCCGCUUCGACAACCGGACUUGCUGCAAGCUGCUGGCCUCCAUUGCCGAGGAUUACAGGAAAAGGGCCCCGUACAUUGCGUACCUGACCCGCUGCCGCCAGGGCCUGCAGACCACGCAGGCCCACCUGGAAAGGCUCCUGCAGCGCGUUUUGCGGGACAAGGAGGUGGCCAACCGGUACUUCACCACCGUCUGCGUUCGGCUGCUGCUGGAGAGCAAGGAGUCCAAGAUACGGGAGUUCAUUCAAGACUUCCAGAAGCUGACGGCGGCCGACGACAAGACGGCCCAAGUGGAGGACUUCCUGCAGUUCCUGUACGGGGCGAUGGCGCAGGACGUCAUCUGGCAGAACGCGAGCGAGGAGCAGCUGCAGGACGCCCAGCUGGCCAUCGAGCGCAGCGUCAUGAACCGCAUCUUCAAGCUGGCCUUCUACCCCAACCAGGACGGGGACAUCCUGCGGGACCAGCUCCUCCACGAUCACAUCCAGAGGUUAUCCAAAGUCGUCACGGCCAACCAUAAAGCGCUUCAGAUCCCGGAGGUCUACCUCCGCGAAGCCCCCUGGCCCUCUGCGCAGUCCGAGAUCCGCACCAUCAGCGCCUACAAGACUCCCCGGGACAAGCUGCAGUGCGUCCUGCGCAUGUGCUCCACCAUCAUGAACCUGCUGAGCUUGGCCAACGAGGACUCGGUCCCCGGGGCAGACGACUUCGUCCCGGUCCUGGUGUUUGUGCUCAUCAAGGCCAACCCGCCCUGCCUGCUGUCCACGGUCCAAUACAUCAGCAGCUUCUACGCCAACUGCUUGACCGGAGAGGAGUCCUAUUGGUGGAUGCAGUUCACGGCGGCCGUGGAGUUCAUCAAGACCAUCGACGAGCGCAAGUGAGCGGACGAAACCGGGACCCCGAAGAAUGUAACGCAGGUGGUCUUCCUUCCCGAGACACAACGCAAAAAGACUUCCGGGUGUAAAUAGUGUACAGGCAUUUUAAAGAGAAACAAACCCAGUCUUUACUAAUUAUUCUAAUCCUGAUAGCGGGGCAGGUUGGGGGCGUCUUGUUUCAUCGUCUUCUCUUUUUUAUUUUUAAAGAAAAUAUAUCCUCUUUCCCAUCCAUAAGAAUAAAAGGGACCAUGUUGUGAAAGGGUGUUGGGAAUCGCCGGACUUUUGUCUCCAUUUUUUUGUUUGGGAAGAGGGAAACGGGGAGGAGUAUUUAUUUAAAAGUAUUUACCGGGAAACGACUAAAAACUGGAAACGCUUUUUUCACGGAGGCUUUUCUGCAUUUGAUUUUUUGGGGGGACGGGGAGAGGGCAUCGGGAUCAUCUUAUCGCACAUGAAUAGGGUUUAUUAUAAAACGGGACGGAUUGAAAAGUUCUAAUAAUAUAAAAAAACGCAUCAGUACAUUGCUAUCUUUUUUUUUUUUUUUUUUUGGUUCUUCUUCUUCCCUUCCGAAAAACACUGUGUAUAUUGUACAAACCUCCUCUCCCUCUCGAUGGAAAUUUUUUGUCCCCACAGAACCAGAAACUGUAAUAUAUAUUUUGAUUAUUCAUAUUAAAAAAAAUACAUAUGCUGGG